ACUUUGCCUCUCACUGUUUGUAGUAUUUUUCAAACUGCACAUUACUUGAGAAUUGAGAGAAAAUGUCACAGAGAAAUCUUAGAGUUGUUCUAAACAGCAGACCUGGUGUAAAUGGAGAACCUAUAGAAGAGAAUUUCCGCACAGAAGAGUGUGCAUACCCACACGAAGAUCUACUGGAAAACCAUGUGCUUGUCAAAACGCUCUGCCUAUCUGUUGAUCCAGCUCUGCGGUGCCGGAUGAACCCAAAUAGUGGGGUGCACUACAUGUCUUCAUGGCAGGUUGGCGAGAUGGCCGACGGGCUGGCUGGUGUUGGAAUUGUCAUGGAAAGUUGCAGUGCUCGGUUCGAGAAAGGAGAUUUUGUAACGUCAACCUUCCUCUGGCCUUGGAUGGCUUACUUCACGUACCCAGACUCGAAGCUUCUUACGAUUUCAAAUGCAUUAAUUAAAAGCAAGCCAUCUUUGUCUCUUGGUGUCUUGGGAAUCACAGGUCUAACUGCUUAUGUGGGGAUUACACAGAAAGGUCAUGUGACAAAAGGUUCCAAUCAAACGAUGGUUGUUAGUGCAGCAGCAGGAUCAACUGGGUCGCUGGCAGGACAGAUUGGCAAGCUUGAAGGGUGUGCGAAAGUUGUUGGUAUAUGCGGCACCAAUGAGAAGUGUACCAUUUUAACAGAAGAACUUGGUUUUGAUGCUGCUAUCAACUAUAAGACUGAUGAUGUGUCAAAAAGACUCCAAGAAGUCUGCCCCACAGGGGUUGAUGUGUACUUUGACAAUGUUGGCGGUGAUGUGAGCAAUGCUGUUAUUAAACAGAUGACUGAAUCGUCUCAUGUGAUACUGUGUGGUCAGAUAUCUGUAUACAACAAAGAUGUGCCCUAUCCGCCACCAUUACCACAAGAAGUAGAAACGAUCAUGAAAGAAAGGCAUAUCACACGAGAUAGAUUCCUUGUACUAGAUUACUCUGAGAAAUUUGAAUCAGCCUUACAAAUCCUUGGAACUUAUUUACAAGAGGGAAAACUAAAGGUGAAAGAAACCAUCAGCGAGGGAAUAGAGAAUACCGGGAAAGCAUUUGUCUCCAUGAUGAAAGGUGGAAAUAUUGGGAAACAAGUUGUGCAUGUUGCAGACCCUUAAAUUAACAACAUCAAAAACAAUAUGUGCUUGUUUUAGCAUAUAAAUGUAAUAAAAACUGAAAGCUGCAAGCAGUGAUGGGAUGGGAUCAGAUCUGCUGAUACAUAUAUCAUAUUAUAUGCAAUUCAUCUAUACACAUUUCCAAAGACUGAACUAUUUUCUUUGUUAAACAUGAGAUCAGAAGUUAUUUGCAAAAGACAGUGGGCCAAAAUAAUGAAGCCUGUUUAGAUACAGGUGUUUAAGCAUUGUCAAUGUAUGUAGUUACACGUGUGUAAGACACAAACAGGUGUUUAAGCAUUGUCAAUGUAUGUAGUUACGUGUGUGUAAGACACAAACAGGUGUUUAAGCAUUGUCAAUGUAUGUAGUUAACACAUGUGUAAGACACAAAAAGGUGUUUAAGCAUUGUCAAUGUAUGUAGUUAACACGUGUGUAAGACACAAAAAGGUUUUGUAAAUUCGUCUCAGUAUUUUUGGAAGUGUAUUUUACUGUACUUUUGAAUGAGCACAUACCAGUCAAAAUGUCUCCAUGUACAUGUCAUGUAAUAUAAAAUGUAAGUUUAUUAUAUUUCAUAACUAAACAAGUUAAUGCUGUUUAACAAAAUUUUAAAUCUCAUUUCAUGAUUAAGCCUAUCUACAUUUAGGACAUGGAAAUUAAAGAGAUUUUUACUGUUAUGCAUUCAAUGUAAAAAUGUGUACCUUGUAUGAAACUUGCACAAUGCCAGUGUUAAUUAUUUUCUCCACAAAGAAUUAACAUUGUCAAAAACAUUAAUUUAUAAUAUGGCUUUAUUACAAUUAUUUACAUUUUAAUUAUACAUAAUAUACAUUAUAAUUCAAAAUAUUUUCAGAACACAUUAAAAAGCACAGAUCAAUUUUUGGCAGUUUUCAUAAGCAUUUCAAAAUAAAUAUGAAAAGAAUUCUACAACCUUACUCCCCUCUAAUUACAAUCCAUAAUUUAAUUUAAAAUUUGGGUCUGUUGUAUAAAGAAUCAAAUAAAAUUUGUUGACUAAAAAUACUGCAAAAGAAUGUCAUGCAUCCUACGAGUUUGCUCUUUUACUAGUUUUAAAUUGUUAGGCCUGCAUUAGAGAAAUCUUAAUGUACAAAUGACGUAAUGUAACAUGCAAUAGGAAAAUACAUGAUA